AUGUCAGAAGACACGCCGAGUCUUGUGCAGUGCCUGACAAACUUUUCCGUAUGCUCGCCAUGCUCAAAUUCGGCAUACGAGCCGCCAGCUUAUGCUGCGCCAGUCGCAAACGACUAUAGCUACAUGCAUGAGAAGCUCUCAUAUCGCGAUGAAGAGGAGGCAGAAUCCAAUUACCAAGCUUCUCGUGUACAGGGCGAUCCGUAUAAGACCGCAGAUGUGGAUUCCCCCGCGCUCUCUUCCUACCCGCCGUUGCAGCCAAGUCGUGAUAUGAUCACGCAGCCAAGUACGCGCAGCGAGAGCAUGGUCUAUCAUAAUUUCAACACUGCCCGAGACCACGCGGGAGAUCCACGCAUCGAAACUCCCACUACUGCGACAGGACAUCCCGCAACUGUUGGGCACUUUUCGAAUGGGGUCGAGCCUCAUGGCAUGGAUCUGAGUCAGUACAAAACAAUGCACCCUUCUCGGAGCCCGGAGACAGGCAUAUUCGGCAACACGGAGCAGACACGGGAACUGGAUAUUGUCUUGUCCUCGCAGCGUCCACCAGCGGCCAAAAGGGGCCCGUUCCGUUCCAACGACGAAAGGGAGCGGACAGCCGAGACUAGGAAGAUCGGUUCCUGUAUCCGGUGCAGGAUGCAAAGAAUUCGCUGCGAAAUUGACCCCGAUGAUAAGCAUGGGACAUGUCUAACGUGCCAGAGGGUCUCCAGCGUGAAAAUAUGGCGCUUGCCUUGUCUGCGCUACAAGAUCACGGACGUAAGACUCUUCAAGCCCGGCCCCGUCAAAGGUUACGAGUGGACUCGUAGGUGGACCGAAGGCGUCCCCGGAGAUAUCUCCCUCUGGGAGUCACCCGAUACGAAAUUUGUCAGAGUCACCGAGGGAUACACGAAACACAACAUCUUGCUUCGAGUGCGCAGAUUCGUGCCUCAGGAUGGCGACUCUCUUUCGCGAACUUGGGUUGCUAAUGGGCUGAAGCGGGAGGUGAGGAUACCAGCGUACGCAAUUGUCAACCUUGACGAGGCAAAGAAUGCGUACGACGACUAUAUCAAGUCCGGUUACUACGAAUGUUGCAAGUCGAUCUUGAAGUCCAAAGCAAAACUGUUGCAUGCCACAUAUUUGAUGGCUAUCAAAGCAUCACAAGACCCGCAGACGCCUGACAAGGAACGGGAGCUUCUCACGAAAGCCUUGCGUCUCUGGAUGGCCAUCCGUCUGACGACAAAGUCCACCGUCAUUGUCGGUAGCGAAACUCUGGGCAUGGACCGAGAUAUCAUGGACAACACGAGUCCGUUGCACGGCCAGAUCCCGCUCCCACCAGUCAUGGGCGCUCAAAUCGAGCUUGUUCUGAUCCAUCAAAUCCAAUCGGCUCUUCGACGAGAGCUGUUGGAAAACCUGCAAGCCAUGACGCAGGCAAACAAGCACAAAACAUGGUUCACGACGUAUCUUGUCACAUUCAUUCUGCUGCAUAAUGUCGCCUUGCUAUGCCAACAUGAUGCUGGCUAUGCGCGGAAGCAUGGCAUGAAGACGCGUUUCGCACGGGAGGAUAUGGUGCAAGAAUACCAAACAGGCGCGAACAUCUUAUUAGCGUAUUUCCACUACUGCACAAAAGGCGUUUUCCCCUUCUCCAUGGAUUGCAAGGACCAAGACUUGUCUACUCUGGCAGAACUGGACGAGUCAAAGACAAAAGUCGUCUUGGCGACCAGGAAGGUUGUGAAAGAGCACAGGAAUCAAUGGGCAAAGAUCCGCCAGUCGGCCGAUUACGAGAACGACUUGUUCUACAUCAGCCAGCUGUACGAGGAGCACUGGUCUCCGCUCCCGACGAUUUGA